AUGCGUAGGCGGGGAAGUGACACUAAAUCCUUGAAUCCGUUUGCCGAGCCUGUAAUCAAUCCCAAUUACUUGACGACCGAUUUCGACACUUUCGCGAUCGUCCAGGUCAUGAAGAACGCGCUUGUGUUCUUGAAGAAUGGAAUCUUCGCAGACUAUGUUGCUGCACCAUACAGUCCCCUGGCAGACCUCACAACAGAUGAGGAAUUUCUCAACUACACCGAAAAUGGUGGUAUAAUGAUCGAUCAUGAAGUUGGAACGUCGAGAAUGUCCCCUUCUAAUGCAAGCUGGGGCGUGGUUGACCGAAAAUUGCUAGUGAAAGGUACAUCGGGGCUGAGAAUCGUUAAUGCUUCAAUCUUUCCCUCUAUUCCAGAAUGUCACACUCAAGAUCCGACUUAUAUCGUUGCCGAGAAGGGUGCUACUAUGAUUAUAGCUGCCCAUAGACUGCGAUUUAAGGGUGAUAGGACGGAUGGGAGUGGGUGA